AUGGCACCUACACAGCACAACACCUACGGCCCGGGCCAUGCUCUCCCCCAGGUGCAGCAUCAUGAAUGGCGAACUGCCGAGAACAGCGCUGCCCAUCUCAUACCGCACCUUAAAACAAGCGCGUCCCAGAAUCCGCAUCUCAAAAUGCUCGACGUGGGUGCUGGGUCAGGCACCAUCACCGCCUCCCUGGCAAACUACAUGCCCGAGGGCCAAAUAACGGCUACAGACAUCUCGGAUGACAUUCUACAGCGGGCACGGUUUCACGCAGAAAAGAAGGGCGUCAAGAAUAUCAGCUACCAAAGGGCGAGCGCCUAUGAGCUUCCCUUUCCCGAAUCGAGCUUUGACGUCACACACGCCCAUCAGGUCCUUACGCAUUUGGAUGCGCCGGUCGACGCAAUUCGCGAGAUGCUGAGGGUGACCAAGCCAGGUGGAAUUGUGUCUCUUCGGGAAGCCGAUAUGCGCAUGUGGUGCUUUUGGCCAGAGAUUCCGGCUCUGCAGCAGUUUCACGAGCUCAACGUUCAACAGCACAUUUCGAACGGGGCGAGCGGCACUGCGGGGCGGGAGCUGCUUUCCUGGGCGCUGAAGGCUGGCGCCCAGAGAGAAAACGUCGAGAUGAGCUUUGGAACCUGGUGUUAUGGCUCGGCCGGAGAUCGGAAGCCGUGGAGUGAUUCCAUGGUGGAGCGUCUGCAAAGUGGUCCGGUGUGGAGGAAGGCGCUGGAAGACGGGACUGUGAAGAGGGAGGAGGUUGAGGAAAUGAUUGAUGCUUGGAAGACGUGGGCAGCGACGGAUGAUGCAGUUUUGGGCAUCAUGAAUGGUGAAGCAAUUAUCCGCAAGGCUUGA